UUUUUUUCCUGCUGCUCCUCCGAUUUAGAAGCAAAUCUCGGGGGCCGCAGAGAGAAUUCGUUUUUCCGCCAUCGUCAUCGUCGCUAUUAUUAUUAUUUUUUUAAUCUUCCUCCUUUUCCCGUUUUGGAUCUUAACCCUUUGAUCUGUUUCCUUUAAAAGACUCUGAUUCCCAACUCCCAUCAGGGGGAGAGGGAGGAGAAAUACAGGGAAGRAAAAAAAAGCCCGAGCGAGUCGGUGCCCUCAGCUGUUGGCCAGGUUUGGUGGGGGACAAAAGUCCCUUUAAAAUAUUGAAUGUCAGUUGCAAWCCUAAGAAAAGAAAAAUCUGAUCCGGAGCGCUAAAUUUAGGAGCUUUAUAUGGAACUUGGACUCUGCUGCUGGAUUUUGUAUGGAUUUUUUUCAACCUUUGGGAGGACAGACCCCGGCGUCCGCCCCUAGACCGCACUGAGUGACCGAAGCGGCUCGGGGGGAAGCGUCGUCAGAGCUGCCGGCAGAGAUGGCCGAGAAUUGGAAGAACUGCUUCGAAGAGGAGCUCAUCUGCCCCAUUUGCCUGCACGUCUUUGUGGAGCCGGUCCAGCUGCCCUGCAAGCACAACUUCUGCCGGGGCUGCAUCGGGGAGGCGUGGGCCAAGGAGUCGGGCUUGGUGCGGUGUCCGGAGUGCAACCAGGCCUACAACCAGAAGCCCAACCUGGAGAAGAACCUAAAGCUCACCAACAUCGUGGAGAAGUUCAACUCCCUCAACCUGGAGAAGCCCCCCUCAGUCCUGCACUGCGUCUUCUGCCGCCGGGGCCCGCCGCUGCCCGCCCAGAAGAUCUGUUUGAGGUGCGAGGCUCCGUGCUGCCAGUCCCAUGUCCAGACCCACCUGCAGCAGCCCUCCACGGCCCGGGGGCAUCUCCUGGUGGAGGCGGAGGACGUGCGGGCCUGGAGCUGCCCCCAGCACAACGCCUACCGCCUGUACCACUGCGAGGCCGAGCAGGUGGCCGUCUGCCAGUUCUGCUGCUACUACAGCGGGGCCCACCAGGGACACUCGGUCUGCGACGUGGAGAUCCGCCGCAAUGAGAUCCGGAAGAUGCUGAUGAAGCAGCAGGACCGCCUGGAGGAGCGGGAGCAGGACAUCGAAGAGCAGCUCUACAAGCUGGAAUCAGACAAGCGGCUCGUCGAGGAGAAGGUGAGCCAGCUGAAGGACGAGGUGCGCCUGCAGUACGAGAAGAUGCACCAGAUCUUGGAUGAGGACUUGCGGAAGACCAUGGAGAUCCUGGACAAGGCCCAGGCCAAGUUCUGCAAUGAGAAUGCAGCCCAGGUUCUGCACCUCAAUGAGCGCAUGCAGGAGGCCAAGAAGCUCCUCAGCUCUGUCCAGGUCAUGUUCGACAAAACUGAGGACAUCAACUUCAUGAAGAACACCAAGUCUGUGAAAAUCUUGAUGGACAGGACUCAGAACUGUACAGGUGGCAGCCUGCCCCCACCCAAAAUCGGCCAUCUCAACUCCAAGCUCUUCCUGAACGAGAUCGCCAAGAAGGAGAAGCAGCUGAGGAAGUUGCUGGAAGGUCCUCUGAGCACCCCCGUCCCCUUCCUGCAGAGUAUCCCCAUGUACCCCUGCACCGUCAGCAACUCCGGCGCGGAGAAGCGCAAGCACUCCACCGCCUUUCCCGAGGGCAGCUUCCUCGAGCCAUCAUCCGGGACUGUGGCGAGCCAGUACAUGAGCCAGGGYGCUUCGGCUGGCGAGGGGCAGUCCGCACAAGCCAUGGUGCCUUGUAGCUCCACACAGCACAUAGUUGGACUUCCUAGCGGCCCGCAGCCKGUGCACUCGGGCUCCGUCUUCAACCCAUCUCACUACCCCAACACCACGUCAUCUCAGCAGUCCGUGCUCUCCCAGUACGGCGGGCGCAAAAUCCUCGUCUGCUCCGUGGAUAACUGUUACUGUUCCUCGGUGUCCAACCACAGCGGGCACCAGCCCUACCCGCGCUCGGGGCACUUCCCCUGGACAGUCUCGUCGCAGGAGUACUCGCACCCGCUGCCGCCCGCCCCCGCCGUCCCCCAGUCGCUCCCGGGACUUGCCGUGAGGGAAUGGAUUGACGCAUCCCAGCAGCACGGGCGGCAGGAUUUCUAUAGGGUCUAUGGCCAGCCAUCGGCCAAACACUACGUCACCAGUUAACCGUCACACUCUCUGGAGAGUACCGCGCGAUGAUGUGUUCAGAGAGAAAAGUCUGGUUUGGUUUGGCUUUCCUUUUUAUUUUUUUUUUUACCCCUUUUAAAUCAAACCCGAUUUUUUCCCUGCCUCACGCCCCUCCAGGAUUUUGGGGAGGGUUGUUCUAUCAUAUCUCUUGUUUUUUUUUUAAUCCUUUAAAAAUGAAAUAAUAAUUUUUUUCAUUUUAAUGCCUUUUUUUUAAUUUAAUUUUGGAAGUCCUUCCUGCCCCUCGCUGGGUAAACACGAGGGAGAAAUUACCGAGAAGAAAUUGAUGGGGAUUUCAGUCGGACAUCUGGGUCUGCGCGUUGUGCUCUUCCUCGCUCCUCUCUGCCUUUGGAAAACUUCAGAAGGGACAAUGGCACCUUCUCCCUUUCUAUUUCUCCGAGUUCAUUUUUUCUGGUUUGGUUCAGUUUUUCCCCUUUCCCCACCCCUUUCUUUCCCUUUUUAAAAARAAAAAAAAAAAAGAAAAAAUCUAUCAUUGAUUCAGUAUGAAAUGAAACUUGUAGAUUCUGGGUUUGUUACCUUUUUUUUUUUUAAAGGCUGAUUUUUUUUGUGUUAAAAGGCCACUUCUCAUGCAUAUUGGCAUUUUUUUCCUUCUUUCAGAGAUUUGUAAAUACACAAUGGCAGGAAAUUUAAUGCACAAAAAAAAGGGAAAAGAAACUUUAAAAAAAAAACAUGAAUAAAUAAAUAAAAAAAAAAUCUGUUCUAGUUUUCAGGAGGGGAAGCGUAGCCGAAACGCACCCCCCCUCCUGCAUAUCGCUGAUGCAACUUCCUGUAACAAGCACUUUGUAUAAAAAAAAAGUGGACUUCCUGCUAUAAGGCACAGGUAUUUAUUCUGUAACCGAUUUUAGACACACACACACACACACAAACACACACACAAACACACACACACGCAAAAUAUUCAAAUAAAUGUGAUCACUUAGUGCAAA